AUGGCGGAUUCCGUUGGUAUGUCCCCUGAGAAUCAAGGCCCGCAGGGCCAGUCCGUCUGCCCAAUCAAGCAUCCCAUUCCUCUCCGUGUCUUACUCCCGAGCUCCCAAUCGAUUAUCCCUUCGCUAAUGGAUGACCCACCCCCGAUAGACCGCGUGUUCGUGCACGCGCUGAACACGGUGAAGAAGAUCCCCAAGACGGGGGCUUCGCGACCCCCGCCGGGCGACCGAUUGCGACUCUAUGGAUUGUAUAAACAGGCGAUGGAGGGGGAUGUCGAUGGUGUGAUGGAACGUCCCGAGCGACGGCCCGGUGUGAAUGUAGACGAAUUGCAACGCGAACGCGAUAAGUGGGAUGCUUGGAAUUCGCAACGUGGAAUCAGUCGUACCGAGGCUAAGAGGCGCUAUAUCGAGGCGCUAAUCGAAACUAUGCAUCGUUUCGCUACUACUCCGGAUGGAAAAGGACUGGUCGCAGAGCUUGAGUUUGUUUGGGAUCAGAUCAAGAAUAAUAGCCCCUCGUCCUCGAACACAUCGCCGAAAGACGAAACCUUUGCCGAACCUCGACAUUUUCGGCAACCUUUAAGCGGGACGGAAGGCCCGAUGAAGGUACUCAGCCCCAUGAGCGAGGACGACGCCGCCGAACAGGAGUAUCGGGAAAGAGAGGGCGACGAAGAUGAUGGGGAAUACGUAAAGAAAGGUGAUAGGUGGUCGCGUAAAGUAGAGCGUGCUGUAGUCAGGCUAUCCGCUGAAGUUGCGGCACUACGAGAACAAAUCACAGCAGGGCGCGAGUGGAGGCUAAAAAAGGAAAAGAGUCUUACAGCAUGGGCUAGUUGGAUAUUUUGGAUCGUCACGAAGCAUUUGGCAAUAGAUAUAACGAUCCUGAUAUUCGUAUUACUUUGGAUGCGAAGGCGUAAGGAUAGGCGACUUGAGGAUCACGUCAGAGCUAUGCUGAAAUUAGGACGGGAAUACGCGAGAAAGAUAUUGCCGUCAAGAUGA